AUGUCGCAUUCAACAACUCAGCGUUCAUUUUUAAAGGAUAUUCAACAACUCUACCGGACGAUUGAGACAUCGACAGACGGCCAAGCUUCUAUACUCUCAGUCAAUGAAAUGUCAGUGAUGGUUUCAUUGCAUCCCAAAUCUGGUUAUAAUGCUCACGCUGCCUUCAUUGUGAAAAUAAAGUGUCCCGUGUCCUAUCCAAGGAGUUGUCCAGAAGUGACAUUCACCUCACCAAUCUUCCACCCCAACAUUGACAAUGGCUCGGGAGUCAUUUGUCUAAAUCUUCUCAGUGAAUGGCUCAGCUGUUACAAUCUUCUGGAUGUGGUGAAAUCUCUCCUCUACCUCAUCAACAACCCGAAUUUCGAUUCUGCAAAUAACUCGUUCGCAUACCUGGAAAACAGAGACUUGCUGGCAAAGAAGACGAUGCGGGUGUUGGCAGGUCUGCCGGUGAAUGGGAAACGGUUUGCUCCGAACAGGGCAUGGUGCGAGUGGGCCGAGGCCCAUGGAUGCCUUCCAGUUGGUGAGGAAGAGGAUGACGAUGAGAAUGUCGAGGUACGAGCGGUUUGUGUUGGGCAAGAAUCGAAUGAUGAGGAUGAUAGUGUCUUUGCGUAUAAAGUAAGGGACGAUGACAAUGGAGAAUUCGAUGGUGGUGCAGCUGUGUUCGACGAAAAUGUUCUCUCAUUUGCAAAUAUGCGACAUUCCGUAGCUCCAGAGAAUGAAUCACAAGAUUCUCCGGCCUUUGAACGCGAACACAUAGACGGAUUUUUUGAGACCCAGCGUAUUCUUAUUUGGCCUCCAAGUGACGCUUCCAAUGUUACAAAACCCUCUGUGUUCUACCUCUGCGAGCCCCUUGGUGAUGAUUCUUAUCGGAUGGAGUUUCUCGACCUCUACAACACGCUGUUUACCGGC